AUGGAAACGAUAGUUUGUCACCCACCUGGCACUUGUUCGCUGGCUGUUGGUGCUCAGAGUCCCGGCGCUGGUGCUUCUCCAGUAACGUUUGUAUUCACAGGCGGAUCAGACGGAAGAGUGCUCGGACGUUCGGUGAAGACGGACGCAGGGAAUCGACUCUCGGUCACGAAAGAGUGUGACUGGGUAUGGGAAGCUGAACCGAAUGGUCCCGGUGCAGUCAGCGCUAUAUGGUCGCUGGCGCUUUCGCCCUGCUGCAGCUUUCUUGUGGUUGCAGAUGACGCAUCACAAGUGUCGCUUGUUUCCGUAUCGACGAGAGAGACGCUCGCCGUACUCUGUCGGACCCCUGUACCGGCAAAUUAUGUCGCUUUUGGUGGUGCAGGCGAGUACGUGAUUGUAUGUGGGCGCGAGCCGGCGACAGUUCGCCUCGUGUAUCUGGACGAGGGUCCUCGCAUCGAUAUUCUGCGGCCGAGCGAGGAGGACCCGGCCUACGAUGAGGUCGUGCAGUACAGCGUCAUAGAUCUGGCGGUCGAUCCGCUUGGCUGCUACUUUGCCACCGUCCAUGAGGUGCCCUCGGGGCAAGGACGCGCAACGUCCACUGCCCGAACUCCUGCCGCAAUGGCGAACGUUUGUCUCUGGUCUGUUGAUGCCCAACGGGUCAUUGGCUUCGGGGUCGGAAGAAUACGUCAUGCAUGUUGCGCGCGAUUUUCACCAGACGGGCAGAUUCUGGCUGUUGGAGAUCGCACAGGUCGGGUGCACUUUCUAGAACGCGACUCCUGGGAGAAUGCGGGGUAUCCUGUUUUUGAUGUUCAGGUCUGGGCACGAGCGCAGUGCCCGGCUGGUUCGCAUGUCGAUAAGCCCAUCUCCAUAUCGACGCUCGCAUGGGAUGCUCGCUCGACGACACGUUUGGUGGUAACCGCGAAGCUCCAGGAGGAUAAUGGUGACACGAUCAUUCUCUAUGACCUCGCUGAUGCAGCAUCACGGCAACUAGGCGUCGCUGAAGCAGAGAUUCGGGCAUUGGCUUGUUGCCCUGUUUCCUCGGUGACCUAUUAUCUUGAUCUUUUGGGGCAACUUGGGGUUGUCACGCUGCCAGCUGAGCGCGGAACGAUCUCCUCCAGAGGGAGCGAGAGACUCUCUACGUCUCUGUUGGAUAAUGGAACCGUGGAUGCGCAUUGCGGACAUCACCAAAGUCGAGAAGGCGCCCACACUGGUGAGGCAUCGACGAGAAACGCAGAGACGCCCGGGUCGACCACAAAAUUGGUGCGCGGCACUUCGCUGCAGGUGCAGACUUCAAAUUCGUUGACAUUCAAAGAGGCAGCUUCUAGGCCGUCUCAAGGUGGAAGCACCCCGAGCGAUGAUGAUUCCGAACGUGUGUCAAGCGUGUCUCAACGGGAGCCUGCAGGCGAAACUGAUGAUGAUGAUGAUGAUGAUGGGAAUGACGAUUCGGAUGUGGGCGACACGACACUGAGCUCGCGAAAGCGUCGCCGCUUCGCAACAGGGUUGUCUCAUGGGCGAUCUUCCUGCUGCUGCGACCGUACGUGCCAACAGCCGUUCCAGAUCGGAUCCACGCUCGAUUUGGGCGCGAAGCGGCGAAUUUUACAGUGGAACCUCACAGGCUGCCUGACAUCAUUGCCCGCUGGCUCAGCAGUUGCGACGAGCGAGGAACCCGCCAGACAGAUUGAGCUCGAGUUUAGCGAUGUUAGCAAGCGAUCCAUUCGAUUUCCAGACCGUUAUGGUUUCCAGUACGGCACCUUGAAUGCAUAUGGGAUACUGCUAGGGGCCCAGAGCGGGCAGGGCGGAUCAGAUCGUCCUGCAUUGAUAUAUUAUCGUCCUCACGAGUCGUGGUCUCUACAGAGCGACUGGAUACGAUUCCUGCCGCCACAGGAGGACCCUAUUGCCCUCUGCAUGAGUAAGUUCUGGGUUGCAGUGGCGACCAGCGCCCAGUCGGUUCACCUCUACUCUUUCACGGGACUAAUCACCGACAGUUUCCACCCUGGUCUGAAUGGCAGCAUUCUGACGAUGGUAGCAAGUGAAAAUCUCUUGUGCAUUCUUUCGCGGAGUCACGGGCCCGAUGGAGCAGGGGAGUAUAUGCUGCUGCGCAUUCACCAGAAUGGAUACGUGAGCGAAUGUCUCGUUCGCGGCAACCUGCCGAUAUGCCCCGCUGUGCGCGCUCGCCCUCGGGCGAAGAGGCUUCAGCACCUUGAGACGUCGCGUCUGGUUUGGGUCGGUCUUACGGACACAAAACGAGACACAUCCUCCGAAGCUGCCGAUUCUACGUCGGAUGCGAGUGAGGAUUGCGCGCUAUGGAUAUAUUUCGCGUCUGGUCACCUUUUUACGCUGCGAGCGUGGACCUUUGGCUGCUACCGUUCAGCCACUUGGAACUGGACGCACGGUUGCCAUCCGUUGUCCAGUCUCCAACGCGGAUCCAUGCACUUGACCUGGCACCUGGCACUGACAAGUGAACGAACUCGGCAAGCAUUGGCCGAAGCAGAUGGUGAAGAGAUUUUCGAUCCCGACCGACAAUGGUUUUAUCCGCUCGGCGUGAAGAAUCGCGUUCUUCAUGGCAUUAUCUUGCCUGCAGACGCGACGAGUCCUCUGCCGUAUCCUCGAUCGCAACUGCGCCAGGUACCGCUCGAACGAUUCCCUUGGCCGCUUGCCCAGGAUAGCCAGUAUUCGGAACUCGAGCAAGCCUAUCUCAGGACGGUUGCAUCAAUCCGCGCCACGCGGUCUGCGUUGUUUGACGCAAUCGCUUUUUCCCGGACAACGACAGUAGAUGGCACACAAUACCAGCAUAGCGAACACGAAAUGCUUGAGGCGCUCGCGCAAAAAGCACGGGAACUGCAGCGCCAAGCAGAUAAGACCCUUCUGUAUCUCAUCGAGGAAGCUUGCGAGAAACAACGUGACCGCCGCGUCCUUGACUUGGCUUCACGACUGUCGAGUGCUGCUGCUUUCAAGGUAGCUGUACAGAUUGCCAACCGUCUCAAACGAGCGAUUCUCGCCGAGAAAAUCACCCAGUUCGCACAGAUUCGCAUAGAGGAGCUCGAGUCCUCUAAGUCCGUUGUCGAGCAGCUGCUCGCUGCAGCGCAUGCUGACGCACAAGCGAAUAUAGCGAGCGAACGAGCACCGAGCUUCCUUGCUCAACCGUCUGGAAACGAUGAUGCGCGUAGAUCUAGGUCAACUUCUGAUCCCGAGGAAGCAGCGACCGGCACAGAGUCGCAUCCGAAACGUCCAGCGAUCGAUGCAGAUGCGGCGCCAAGCGCUGAUGCUCCAGCGCGACCCGAGGAAACCUCAAGCAACACAGCCGUGGCCGCAGGUGGGCCAUCGGUACGCGCGGCUGCAGCGUUAGCACGGAAAUCCGCUCAUCUCUCUGCGAGAGUCGCGGAGCGGCUAUUGCAAUUCACCCAAUCCAGCCCGGCCGAGAAAGGCGCAAGCCGCACGGCAUCGUCGCGCUCGCUGCAUUCACUUGCGGCCUGGAGCUCGAAUUCUACCUGA